UGCAAACAGGAGAAGGGAAGAGAGCUCUUCUUCCCAGUGGGUUCCAGCAUACUGCCUCUGGGGCUCAGAGGACCAGCCUCUACUACUGUCUUUCGAGCCCAGUCUUUCUGGGCCAUCGAGGUCCCCUGCCCCAUGGAGGCUCUCACAGACCUCUCCUUUAUGUACCGCUGGUUCAAGAACUGCAAUCUGGUCCGUGACCUCUCAGAGAAGUACGUCUUCAUCACGGGCUGUGACUCGGGCUUUGGAAACACGUUGGCCAAGCAGCUGGUUGGUCGGGGCAUGCGGGUGCUGGCUGCUUGCCUCACGGAGGAGGGGGCCCAGAAACUGCAGCAGGACACCUCCUAUCAGUUGCAGACCACCCUACUGGACGUCACCAAGAGCGAGAGCAUCCGGGCAGCGGCCCAGUGGGUGAGGGCACAAGUGGGAGAGCAAGGCCUCUGGGCCCUGGUGAACAAUGCUGGUGUGGGCCUGCCCAGUGGUCCCAACGAAUGGCUGACCAAGGAGGACUUUGUGAAGGUGAUCAAUGUGAACCUGGUGGGACUGAUCGAAGUGACCCUUCACAUGCUGCCCAUGGUCAAGAGAGCCCGGGGUAGGGUCGUCAACAUGUCCAGUUCCGGUGGUCGUGUGGCGGUCAUCGGUGGCGGUUACUGCGUCUCCAAAUUUGGUGUUGAGGCCUUCUCCGACAGCAUCAGGCGUGAGCUCCACUACUUUGGGGUGAAGGUCAGCAUCAUUGAGCCAGGGAACUACCGGACAUCCAUUCUGGGCAAGGAGAACUUGGAGUUGCGCAUGCAAAAGCUUUGGGAGCGGCUACCUCAGGAGACCCGGGACAGCUACGGAGAGGAGUACUUCCACAUCUAUACUGACAAGUUAAAGAACAUGAUGCAGCUGGCAGAGCCAAGAAUCAGAGAUGUCAUCAACAGCAUGGAGCACGCCGUUGUUUCCCGGAGCCCCCGCGUCCGCUACAACCCUGGACUGGAUGCCAAGCUACUUUACCUCCCGCUGGCUAAGUUGCCCACUCCUGUGACAGAUUUCAUCCUGAGCCGGUACCUCCCAAGGCCAGCGGACAGUGUUUGAGCUGGGGAGGCUCAAGGGGUGGUCAGUAGAGCGUAGAAGAAGGACUGGGAAGAAGGACUGUGGGAUCACAAGAGGGGGUAUCAGAUAUCCUGGGGGCACCAGAUGCAAAGGGACACUUGGCUCAGCUAACACCCGCUGCUGGGAAAUUUGCUGGUAACUGCUAACAGAUGAUGAGUAUCUCUUCCCACCUGCUGGAGCCCCCCAGAAACCUAUGGUAGGCUUUUCAGGUUCCGAGACCUGCAGCAUGGUCCCAAGGACGUCUGUCAUCCAAUCAGGAUAUGGCUUUUUCUGGACCUGGAAAAGUCAAGGAGAAGAAAACCAGCUCCUGCUGAAUCAUGAGCCCCUUUCAGUUGCCACUGCCACUGGGAAAUACUGGGGACAGUCUAAAACCAGGAGACUCUCAGCCACCUUCUUAUUGGGUCUCUCAAUAGGCACUAACCUCAUUCUCAUAAUGCAUUAUUGAAGUAUG